GGAAUUCCAUCUGUAAAUAUACAUACGUAUGUAGGUAUGUACAAUUUAACCAGAGUUAAAUGCGAAUUUUAAGAGUAUCAAUGCAUAGAGGUAAUAAUUAAAAUGUUACCGCCGGAAGAGUUUUUUCAUUCGCAAGUUUGUACCAAAUGUCUGCGGUACUUGUCGGUGUUUCCCAUCAAAAAUUACCACGACAAGUCGGUGAAGUGCGGCAGAUGUUCGAAACAAGAUGACGGCGGCGUCGAGUCACACUUGACCGAAAUGAUUUUGCAAAACAUCAAGUUUCCAUGCAACAAUCACUUGGCUGGAUGUAAGGAGGAGUUACGACCUUACGAAAUGAGAAACCAUUUGGAGGAGUGCAACGAGACCGAUUAUACUUGUCCGAUAUGUAAAUCCUUCACUGGAAUCCCGUUGCAACUUUUACGCCAUUGCGAGCGAAAACACUCGCAAAACAAAUUGCUCACCCCCUCAUUUAUUAUUACUAGCGAAAAUGACGAGCGGAUAUUCUUCUAUCGGCAACAAUGGAUCUUCGCCUUCGUUACCGUUUCCUACUCGUUUUCCACGUUUUACUUCCGGGCGACUUAUUUGGGCCAUCAGGAUCGCGGUGAAGUCUGGCAAGAAGUUGAUAUCGGACUAAUUUCCAAAGAAAUCUUGCAGAGUAAUAUCCACUUACCACCACAACCCUGCGGAAGUUUACAUCACGAUCCUGAACCGGAGGGACUUUUAGUCGCUCCACUUAAGUCCUCCACGAACUUGAUUGUUGUUAAUUUUCGGUUAAUAGAAAAACCUUUGGACUCGUUGACUUCUUUGUCAGGCCCCUUGGUCCUGUACAACCAGAACAGUACUGUCAAGUAUACGUUCAGGCAUACCUACCCUAACAUUUUGGACUUGGAAAUGGACACGGACCAUUAUAUGCCUAUGCAAGUGAUUAUACUGGGGCACGCCCUUCGGGUUUCCAUUUAUACAACGAGGCAGAAAAUGUUCCAAGUUUAUUUAGAAUGGGGGGGAUUAAGAACGAAAUCAUCGGAAAAAUGUAAAGUUUUCGCAAGAUGUUACGUGUCAUCGAAAUUGUGCUCGAAAAUGGACGAAUCGUUGGACACGCCAUUAAAAGCGGGCACCUUUUUGGGCUUAUUAGAGGUCGAUCGGAAUUACUUGACAAAGGAAAAUGACCCCAACGAAGUGCACGUAAAAGUGCUCGUCAAGCUCGUUAAUCAACCGAAACAAUUAAAAUAUUAAAUUAAAUAAGACUAUUGUGAUACACGCAUACUGCAGCAGGACUGUUGUUAUUAUAUUAAACGUUUCACUAAUUUAAAAAUAAAACUUUUUGCAAUUUUA